GUGAUGCACCAGAAAGCUGAGAAGUUGCAAGCGCCACCAGAAAGUGUGAUGCACCAGAAAGCUGAGAAGCAGGAGGGUACGAACCAAGCGCUUUCUGCAACAGCUAAGUAGUGCAGGUCCUUAAAUGGUCCUCGUCGAGCUACAGAAGGGUUUGCAGAUUUCUUGCUCGUCCCCGAUUGAACUGCGCAGCUUGUUUUGCGACAUCGUCAGCCCCUCGCGAGCAGCAUAAAUUGUAAGAGGUAGUGCACAAACAAUGGCGGACAGAAGAUUCGGACCACAACGAAGGGACCGUUGGAGGAGGCCGGUCACAUUUGUCCUGGGGCGUAGCCAGGGGAAUGCAUUCAUUCCUUGGGCGGAUCUGGAAAGUAAAAGUUGUGCAUCUGUUGCAAACUUGCGACCACCACAUCCUGUACAAACACCGUCCUCUGUGGAGGGCCUCAGCAUUGCACCACUGGCUACAAAAUGCCCCUCUCCUGAGUCAUCACACUCAAAGUCUUUCAUUCCCUCCGUGAAUGAGAACUAUUACACGGCAGAGGAGAAGCAAGCUUUGUAUCUUCCACCCUUGUACGGGCAGACCCUAUUCUAUGCUUACAAACAUCACGAGAUCAAGAUUGAGCCCCUGAACGCUGUCUUCAAGGGGAGGAACUUUCUUUAUCUAGUCCUGCGUAACCUCCUGCAAUCAAUUGGCCCGUUCGUUGAGUAUUGGAAGAAGCAAGUAGAGGAGGAGAAUGCAAUAGUGGAUUCGGAUGAUGAAGACGAAGUGCAGAGGGAAAGGAUGGGACCUCCGCCUAACAUGGAGGAGCAAAUGGAGAAGUGUUGGAGGGCCAUCUUGCGCGAGCUCGCUGUAGGGGCAACCAAGAAGGUGCUUGCCUUCUGGGCCGUGGAACACAUGGAGAGGCGCACGGCGUGGAAGCUGACUAAGGAUCUGAAUGCAUCAGCUGUCCGAAAGUCGGGGCGGGGGCUGGGCCGCUUGUCGACGAGCUGGCGAAUGUUCGCAACCGCAUCUAGAGGUUAUCUCCUGUUCCUCGCGGCGAGCUGGCUCGUCCAGUUUGGGGUCGAUGCGUACGACUGCUAUCACUACGCGGACCAGCGGCAAGGGUUAUGCGUGCUCGCAAAGCGGAUGAAGAGGAACACGCUGCGCAACUUGGUGUAUCUCGUCGCGUUUGCGUUGGGCGCGUCCGUCGGCACGUUCCUGUGGCCGGGCAAGGGGACCUUAGUCGGUACUGUGUUAGGACCACUUGCAGGGGAAGUCGCCUUUCCUUUUGUGGAAAUGAAGAUGAAAUCUCUCGGAGACGGGAACGGUCUUGAUCUGGCGCCCCUCUAAUCGCGAAAAUUCAGCGUUUUGUGAAGAGCUCGCAAAGAUUCUCAACUACAGCUGACCCGUAAUAUGUUGGAGCAUAUACCGUCCUUGAAGAUUAGAAAACGUCUGAACAACUUCCAAGGUCUUGGUUAUGAACUGCUUGAAGAGCAGACAGGCUUGGUCAUGUAUCCGUCACUAAAAUGGACUGAAGAGUUAGUCCCGUGUGCAUCUAAAUCAUUGGCUGAUCAAUGAGAGUCCGGCCUGCUCGCAUUGUGGCCGCCCAGAGCCUGUCCUAUCCUUUGAUUGCAG